AGAAUUUGAUGUUUUUCGCAAGAUAAACAAAAGAACAAGCGGAGAGUCUAAGUGAGGUCUCUAUUUUCGGCGAAAGAUAAAACAUUAUAGCGACGAAGAAACAGUACAAGUUAACAAGCACACCGUACUUCGCCAAAGAUUUGUUACCUUAUCUGCUUAUGGUUUUGUCGGUUUAGAAUCAGUGAAAACCGCCGCAAAAAAUGGCAAACGGCGAAGAGCUCGAUCGAUCAUUUUUCUGGCGCCAUUUCACAACGUUUACGCGGAUUCUUGGACUAGCGACAUGUGUCGCAAUGUGGUGGGUUGGCAUUCUUUUAAUUGACAAGCCGGACAAACGGAUCGCAGUGUAUUUAUUAAUUACUGGUGCUUCUAUCUCUUUCUUAGAGAUAAUAUUCAUCAUUGAUAAAUGUGCUUGUUGCAAGGAAGGUAGCUUUGGUUUCUCUCUCUGGAAGUUCCUCAGGGCUUUUGACAACUGGAAGAAGUUUCUUCUCUACGUAGUGCUGUCAUCAGUUUGCUACCUCCACCCGACAGAGUACUGGCAGGGGUUGAUAGUAGGCGUUAUGCUAGACAUCUUAGCUUUCUUCUACCUCAUCAGAACAUUUAGGAAAAAGAACGAAAGGGAGGCAUAUAAAUAUAGGCAACUUGAAGUGAAAUAAUGCAGAGAUCAGGUAAUAUGAUUCAAGACAUACAAAUAGUAGAGAAUUCUUCUCUAGUUUUAUUUAGAGAAAAGGCUUUAACAGCAAAUCAGCUUUGAUCAUUACCCAAGUUUAAUAGGUAUUUUUGGAUUUUACCAAAGUCAGUCUACAAAAAAAACGUUAUUGGACAUUUGGUACGUAUAUUUUGAUCUGCAAAAAAUAAAACGAAAAGUUUAUUAUAUAGUCAAAGAAAAAAUUUUAGGUGAUUUAUAAAUGGUACAAAAAAUAACCAGAGCGAGGGACUAUUUAUGUGUUAUAUGUAUAAUUGGGCUUAUAUUUGUAUAUUUAGGUUAUAUUUUUCAUGAUCGAUACUGCAAGCAUUUUUAUAUAAAUGCAGGGAAAUGACUUCUUCCUUUCUAGCAAAUACACGAGGCUUGCCCUCAGGUUAUGUUGCCCCAUCCAUUAACCCCUGCCAUUUCAGUAAUAGCUCUGACUUGACCCCUGAUAUCAGCUAUAAAUAAAAUAAAGACACAAUCAAUU